UCUCUUCUUGUUUUUGAAUUGACCAAUUAUCCAUCUGCAUCAUAUGCUCCCUUUUAGCGCUGUUUUGUGAACCUGAAUCCCAGGCUGUGCACAGACCAGAACCCAGCCUUUCUCUCUGGCCGCUGCCCACUCCCCCUUUGCUGACAAUUGAACACUGCUACAGAAUCCAGGCUUUUCAAGGCGCAUUUGUUUCUAUGGGGCCACGGACAGUGUUCCUGAUUAGGCACAGUCUGACAUGCCAGAGAAACGUCACAGCUCAAGCACCUGGGACAAAUCUGGCAGGGGGGAUGGAUCUGACAGCACACAUUUUUGCAGCUAUAUUUUGCAGGCACUCUCCCUGUCCACAGCUAGUGCAGAGCAGACUAGAAUAACUUCCCCAGCUUAGUUCCCUUUAGCAACAUGAGGUGAGUGGUGGAGAGCUUUUAGGAGGGUUUUCUUUUCUUUUCUUUUACCUUUUUUUCUAUCUGGGGGGGGAGACAUGAUCAUUAUUUUUGCAGGGGAGGGAAGUACUCAAAGUUAGAGAGUUUCCCAUGGAGUUGUGAGAGAGCAAAAGAGCUCGGUGCCUUGGAGCAGAAGCACUUCCUUGCUAAAUCACUUCUAGUUACUUUGUGUAAAAUGCCCCACACUCGUCCCAGGAAUCCGAGUCCUAUCCCAGAGGUGACCUGGGACUCUGGGUUUAAGGAGAUGAAUGAGACCUGGAAGGGAGCUAUCGCCUGCCUUGGAGUGGCUGUCUUCUUUGUGAUGACCAUUGGGAUUAUUUAUUGGCAAGUGGUGGACCAGCCGAACAAGAACUGGAUCGUGAGAGGGAGCACCAGUGGUCUCAUCUGGGAGCGACGGUCCCACUCCCUUAUCCUGCAGACCCUGAGUGAGGAGAAGACUGUGGUGGAGAUUGAUGUGGGCAACUUUCCUGACAUGGAGCUGCCUUUUGUGAAGAACUUAUGCUGGCUUAACAAAACAGAGUUCUGCUACACCUGGGAUGCUACAGCAGACCUGAAGAUUUCCUUUGAACCUAGUCUCUCUGUUGGCACGGAGUGCUACAGCAUCCACUGGAUACCUCUGCACUGCGAAGUUACACUGAAGGAUUGCUUCUCAAUGACCAAUAUCUCCUGGUAUGGAGGAGCAAGUGUAAGUGCCCAGCGCUGGCCCCUGAACAACAUGAAUGCAAAAUCCCAGCCAUAUAUUAUCAGCAACCUCCACAAAAAUCCCAUUGGCUAUGGUCCUGUCCUGGAAAGAUACUUUUUGGGAUCAACAGGGGUAACAGUAACGAUUGCACCUGAUGUCCCUGUCUUCCUCUCAGUGGAGAGUAACAAACACUUCUGCCUGGAGAGCCCUUCCAGCAUAGACAUGAUUCCCUUGCAGUAUAUGGUGUGCAUCAGUCAAAACAUCACGUCUGCCCACCAGGAGGUGGGAAGCCAGCUCUCAGAACAGGAGAGGAGGCUGCCAAACACAGACAUACUAGGGUUACCAAUCUGGAAGUAUUAUGGAGCAGCAGAUUCUGCUGCCAAACUGGAGCGAGGUUUAAGGUCUUUCUUCAACAGACUGAAAAGGCACCAUCUUGGGGAGGGGCUAAUUGCCAUCAAUGAACAUUCCACAAUGGUACUUUCCAAUGCGGACCACACACACUUGCCUGGGACCAGCAGGAAGAUGCACAGUCCAAGACACUCCAGAGACCUCUCACUAAUUAAACCUCUGAAACUUUCCAUAACUCUGUCCCCUUACAUAAGCAUCAGCUCUCAGCUGUUCCUGAUGUCUCUGCAAGAGGGGAAAGAAAACUACUGGUUGAGUCUCCACUCAGAAUUUGACAGCUACUCGGCACCUCUGCUAACUACGUGGAAAGGGCAGUUUUCUGUCCGGUUAAAUGUCACCAGCAAUGCUGCAGUGAGCUGGUACCUGGAGAGGGUGAGCCUUUUGCAGCAGAAACUGGGAGCAACAUAUGUGACCUUUGAAGGUGGGGAAGGGAACAUGUUUCUGGAGCAGGCAAUCCAUCCUCCCAGAGGACUAGAAGGAGAUAAAUAUGUCUGCAUUUUAGCACUGAUGGCAUCUACACUGGGGAACUCAACAAUCAUUAGUGCUGGCACAAGAUCUAAUCACCUGCCACUCUUCAUUCAAAUGUCCUCACUUCAGUCGGACUGGAGUUAUGCUGGUCUGAAGAGCAUUAUUCCUUCUGUGCUUCACUACAGUCUCCUUGGCUACAACUUCUUCAUUCCGGAUGCAGUUGGAGGGACCCUUGUCAAUGAGUUCCUGACAGAUGAAGAACUCUAUAUUCGGUGGUUGCAGAUUGUGACCUUCCUUCCUGUGAUGUCCUUCAGCACUCCGCCAUGGGUCUGCUGUGAUGACUGGGUGCUGAAUCUCACUAGACAGUACAUACAGAGGCAUCAAGAGUUUGUUGUCCCACUCAUUUUAAAAUACAGCGAGGAGUGGCUAUCCAUGGGGUAUCCCAUCUUCCGGCCAGUGUGGUGGCUCAGCCCCAAUGACCCUAUCACCUUUACAGUAGAUGAUGAAUUCCUCAUUGGAGAUGAGGUACUGAUUGCCCCCAUAACUGAACAAGGGCAAGUCCAGAGGGAUAUCUACCUGCCUGGGGAAGACCACCUGUGGAUGGACACCAACACUGCACAGGUGUUUGAUGGAGGGACUGUCAUCAGGAACUAUUCUGUUAAGAUUGCAGAGGUGCCUGUUUUUGUAAAGGUUUCUUCAAUGCCAGACUGUCCAAGGUUUCCAUCCUCCACAGGAGAAUGAUGCUGACAAGACUUGCUCUUUCUUUUUCAACAGACUGUUUCAUCCAUUUGCACUUUUCCAGGAACUCUUGUUUGGUUUUGAUUUGCUUUUGGGUUUUUUCAGUUGUGUUUAAAUCUUUUGUUGACAUUUGUUACCAUUCUGAGAUAGCAAAAUAUGACAAGAUCUUUGGUGCAAAAUAUAGAUGCUUAUGCACAUCCAGCA